AUGGCCGCAGACGAAAGUGACCCUAAAAUCCACCCACACGAGGAUUCCAAGGCCUCUGAGGCAGACUCAGAGCAGGCCCAGAAUUCAAAACUCGAGUACAAGCGCCACCCGGUAUACUCCCCUCAAGAAUGGCUGUUUGAAGCUGCCAGCUCUCUUCUGGCUAUGGGCCUCCUGUUCUCCAUUGUCGGUAUUUUCAUUGCCAUGGAUGGAAAGCCCCUGUCAGACUGGAACGCGCGCGUUUCUCUUAGCGCAACCAUCUCCAUCCUUACAACCGCAUAUACGACAGCGCUGAUGCAUGGAGUCAGCUCGUUCAUCGCGCAGCUCAAGUGGCUCUAUUUCAAGGACCGACCGAAACGACUUUCCCACCUCGAGACGUUCGAUGGGGCUAGUCGCGGCGUAUGGGGGUCUAUCCUGCUCCUUACAAAUGUCAAGUGGAAUCUGGCGACCAUCGGCGCGGUCAUUACCAUCCUGCGGCUUACCUUCUCCCCCUUCGCGCAGCAGGUUGUCCUCCUUGAGCAGCGGCAGCUUGUGGAGAGCGACGUCAGCGCCAUGUUUGGAUACGCGCACGACUACAGCCGGAAUCUUGGACCAGGAAUGGCGACUGCUCGUGUUGCUGACGGAUUCUCAGAAAGCAUCCCACAGGAUCCCGGAAUGCAGUCCGCCAUCGUACAGGGUCUUUACGGGAUCACCACGGCCACGAAAUUCAGCUGUCCAGGGGCCUGUAGAUGGCCAGAUUCAUAUGUCUCGCUCGGGUUCAAGAGCUCCUGUCAAAACGUCACGCAGGAGACUCUGCGCACUGCCACCUGCAGCGAGCGAGAGGGCGUCGGAGGACAGUGCAACAUGACCACACCUGGCGGAUUGGGCCUAUCGUACCAGUAUGUCUUUACUGCCUCCGGUACGAACUACUACAUGAAUGCCACGUCCCUGUUAGACUAUUUAGGAAUAUCUGACCUGCCGGAGACGUUCCCGGAACUCGCCCGCUUCGGCAUCUACCGUUCCUCAGGCUUGGAAUCGCUGGGCAUCAACAUCACUGAGUGCUCGCUCUUCCUCACGGCGUACCAGUAUAACUCUGCCAAGGCCAACGGUAGCGACUUUUCCUUUGGGGAAGUUCGAGAGGUCGAUUUCGGCCUCGAUGGCAGGAAUCCUUGGAGAAAUGUCCAGUCCAUGAACAACCAAUUCGGCAGGAUCGCCACGAACGAGACAACUGUUAACGGCACCGACACCAUUCCAGAGCUAGGAUUAGACUAUGCCAACCUUUUGGCACUAGGGAAUUUUUUCGAGUCUUCGACCUUUGUGACCGAGUGGGUCGAUGGCAACUUUGAAAACACGGAUAUCGGCUUUGCUGCUGCCCUUGGAGGGGACACCAACAUUCCCGAGCGGUUCGAACACAUGGCCACAGCCAUGACAGAUUACCUGCGGAAUGGUCCUAAUAUGCUUUCAGCAACGGGUGAUAGGGUCGAGAUUGUCCCGUUUGUGGCAAUCCGAUGGGGGUAUUUUGUUGUGCCAAUUGUGACGGAGGCGCUGGCCGUCUUGUUCGCCAUCCUGACCGUCCUGAGCAACAGGAAGAGCAAAAGGGUCCCGCUAUGGAAAUCGUCCUCGCUGGCAGUGCUGGCCUGUCAGGUUGACGAGCCAUCCGGCCUGUUACGGGCCGAUGCAGGGGGAAAAGAUCUUAUUGAGCUCCAGGAGGCAGCGGAGAAGACCCAGGUGCGGCUGCAGUAG